UUCAAUUGAUUGAAACGAAUAAUCAUGAAACAAUUGAUCAAUCUUUACAUCGAAUUAUCGAACCAAAUAUCAAUGUUGAAAUGAUUGGUGAUAAUGAAACAACAAUUGUACAACGAUUAUCAAAUGUGGCCGAUCUAUCCCCGGAAACUGUAUAUGAAUUAUUAUUCACCAUUAAUAUGGCUCUUUAUAAAUUGCCCACUAUGCAGAUGAUAAAAUCGAAUAUAAUGAAUACGAUGAAAUUAUUAAGUGAAAGUGAUUUCAGUAAUAGCCAUUGGUUUAAAACAUUUCCAAACAUUAAUGAUAAUCGUAUGCAAUAUCAAAUUAAUUAUCUAACAGCUAAUCUUUUGGAAACAUUUACAAAACAAUUAAUCACUGAUUCAUCAUUUGGAAUGGAAGAAUUUACGAUGUGUAUUUCAAUAUAUAAACAAUGGUGUCAACUGAUAUUUGCCAUACCAGAUGAUCAAAUGCAAUUGGAUACGGCUAUUCUUUGCAGUAGAAUAUUUCGAUCAUUAACAACAUUUAUUCGUUUAGCACAAAAAUGGAUCAAUAAUCAUCGUGGUAAUGAUGAAGAACAGAACUAUUCCAUUAUUAUUGAAUCGAUUCGUAAUUUUCUAGCCUAUCAUUGUUUGAAUAUGUUAUUACCAUUGUUUGUAAUCAUGAGCGAUAUGUUGGAUCAAAAGAAGCAAAAACAAUCAUCAUUGUUUAUUGAAUUAAUUCAUAGUUUAUCCAAUGUUUUACUUUGUAUCGAUGAUGAAUGUUUACAAGAUAUGGCUAUGCUUGAAUUGAAUCAAUCAUUAUUAAUGUACAAUGAAGACAGUGUUGUUGAACAAAGAAUGAAAUGUUUAAUGGAUCAAUUGUCAUCAUCAUCAUCAUCAACGAAUCGGAUGAAUUGUCUUCAUACAGAUAAUGGUUACUAUGAUUAUAUUAUUGAACAUGUGACACCAUUAUUAUUGAAAAAUGAUUAUCAUACAAUAUUCACUGCAUAUCAUCUAGUCAGUAUUGCUUGUCAUUCGGCUAAUUGGUCAUGUAAAAAUGGAAAAAAUUCACCAUCUACAAGUACAAUGGAUGCAGAAAUUACUGAGAUUACAUUAUCACAAUUGAAAUCUUUCGAUAAAAAUGAUGGACAUGAUCGAGAUAAUGGUGGCGAAAUUAAUCCUGUCUGUUAUCCACCAAAAUUUCUGAUGGCUCUAUUAGAAUCAUUGUUUGCAUCGAUAUCGAUCGAUGAUCUUCAAUCACAAGCAACAUUUGCCUAUCUACUUGUAUGGACAAUUUAUUUACGAUUAUUACAACGAUUUCCAUAUAAAGAUCAUGGUGAAAAUGAAAUUCGUUCGGAUCUAAUCAAUUAUCUGGUUGAAUUGAAUCUACAUAAUCAAUUUCUACAGAAUCUAUUCUUAUUAAUGCAUGAUUCAAUUGAUUGGGAUCUAGAUCGUAAUUAUCUACAAUCGAUUAUUCAUUCAAUUACUGAUCAACAAACCAAUUUGAUUGAUAUGGAUUGUUUAAAAGAUUCGAAUCGUUUGUUACAGUUAAUUGGAUCCAUAUCAGAUACAAAUCAAAAUGCUCGUUUAGCUGUCUUUGUUUAUUAUCAAUCACUAUGUCAUAUGGCUAAUGUUGUUCGUUGUUGGUUUAAUACAUUACGACAUCAUCAAAAAGAAACAGUCGAUUAUGUUGACACGACGAUAUUUUAGUCAAUUAUUGAUGGAAAAAGAAUUGGAACAGAUAAAGAAUAUAGAUUAUGAAAAAUUGGGCAAUAUUCAAAUUAAAUUCAGUAG